AUGUUCCGUGGCUCAGAUAACUCUGGAGACACAUCACUCUUUAUUUCAAACGACUAUGGACUGUCAUUCAAAAAUGUGACAGUUCCAUCAAAGGUGUUCUCCUACAUUGUUCCAAACAUGUGGAAGUCAAAGUACCUGUUGGGCCAGGCUGGACACUCUGCAUACCUGUCCAAAGACUUUGGUGAGACAUGGUCAUUGGUAUUCAACAACCAAUUGGUCCGAUCAAUUAUGUGGGAUCCAUUGCAGAAUGCUCAGGGCUCAUCUCAGACAGCUAUAUUUGCCAUCCUUCAGAAGGAGAAGAUGCAAUUUGUCUACUCGGAGGACUUUGGUAAAACAUUCAACAUGUUGGUUAAUGGUGCUCAGGACAUGACCUUCACCGAUAGCUUCAUCUAUGUUGGUGCCUAUGAUCAGGCACUAGGUGGUUCCAACCUCUUUGUCCGAAACAACAUCCAACCUGCCAACACCAAGUUACAAGGAUUUGUAAUGUGUGACUUCCCAUUUGGAGAUGACAUUCAACCAAAUGAGUACAAGAUCAUUGAUGAUAGCUCUGGCGCUAUAUGGCUUGGAAUUCAAAUGAAGAGAGCCGAUAGGUUUGGAAGCGUCUAUGUGUCUGACUCGAGUGGAGGAAAGUUCACUUUGUCAAAGGAGCGCAUAUCUCUUAUGUCAGAGUACGACUUCGCACCAUUCUAUGGCCUCAAGGGGGCAUACGUAGCCAACCAAGUGACCACCGGUACCAACAUUCAGACAAUUGUCACUUAUGACAAUGGUGGCAAAUGGUCCAACUUUGAUCCACCCACAGACUCUCGUCCACAAAAGGGCAGUUCAUUGAACUUCUACGGCAUUUCCACGUACCUUGAUGUCAAGAAGCAAUACGGUCCAUUCUAUUCCACCGAGAAUGCAAUUGGUAUCUCCAUCGCAACUGGAACAGUUGGAAAGUCACUAUCAUUUGACACACCGGCAGCAAAGAUCAAGACCUUUAUCUCUAGGGAUGGUGGAAAGAACUGGGUGUCAGUCUAUGAUGGACCAACUAUCUAUGAGAUUGGCAACCGUGGUACCAUUAUCCUCUUGGCCAACUGCUCUGAUGAGACCAAUCAAUUAUCGUAUUCCUUGCAUCAAGGUAGGAAGGACUCAUUCAUGGAUCUCAAGCUCUCCGAGACAUCGUACGACAUCAAGAACAUCAUGACCGAUCCAGAUUCAGCAUCGACCAAGUUUGUUGUCAUGGCCUAUGACAAUGAUGCCAACCAAGGUUUGAUCUUUGGUGUUGACUUUACCUCUUUGAGACUACCAGAGUGCAGUGAUGAUGACCAUGAGAACUUCACUACUCCAUCGAUUCUUGGACACACGACGACCUUCACCAGAGUUAAGCAAGAUUCAGAGUGUUUCCAAACGAAGGAGUUACCAGGUCAGAGCACUCAAAUGUUGAACUGCACCACUGACGACUAUGAAUGCGAUAUUGGAUAUGUCCAAGCAUCACCAGACGGAGCUGACAAACUUGUUUGUGCACUACAGAAGGACUUCACUCAACCAUCAUAUCCACCAGAGUGGUGUCCACCAGGUUCUCAAUAUUAUAUCACCAAAGGAUAUAGAAAGAUUGCUUCUGAUCUUUGUAUCGAGGGUGUUUCCUCGCAGUACGAACCUACUUGGGUAAAUUGUGGAGGCUCACCUUCCUCGGGCUCAAGCUCACAUGGAUGGGUCGCUGCACUGGUCAUCCUGUUGGCACUUGCGAUUGGAAUUGUUGGAGGAGCAUUCUAUCUACACAGGAACCCCGAUGUCAAGUUGAAUUUCUAUCGCAAGGUUGGAAUCAUCAAGGAGUUCAAGUACAGCACAUUGGGUAUCAGACCAAACUCAUUGGCUGAUGACGAGUUUGGUAUUGAAGAUGACGAUGCUCAUAUCAUCAACGAUGACGACCUUCGAUUAGAUGAUGAGUUCUAA